GGAGCCGCUGCUUCCUCGGCCCGGGCCUCAGCGCAGCGGGCUCGGCCAUGGCAGCCGCCGCCGCCGCGGCAAAUCUGGCCCCUGCACUCCCCGCCAGUCGCUGAGCAGCCGUUAACCAGACCGCCCGCCCUACAGCUAGUGCCGCGGCGGCCCCAGGUUCCGCACAAGUUUCCGCCGCCGAAGAAGCAGGAGGCGAAGGCGGGGGAGACAGACUAGGGGAGUCGUGCGCCCCCGGCCCUCCCGCCCGCUAUGUGGGGGCGCUUCCUGGCCCCGGAGGCCGGCGGCCGGGACAGCCCCGGCGGAGCCCGCAGUCUCCCAGCGGGCCCAGAUUAUUCUUCAUCAGCAUGGUUACCUGGUAAUGAAUCAUUGUGGCAGGCCACAACUGUUUCCUCUAACCAUCGAAAUAAUCAUAUCAGGAGGCAUAGUAUAACUUCUGACAGUGGUGACACUGGCAUUGGAACUUCCUGUUCUGACAGCGUGGAAGAUCAUUCAACUUCAAGUGGCACAUUAUCCUUUAAGCCUAGUCGGUCAUUGGUUACUCUUCCUACUGCCCAUGUCAUGCCAUCUAACUCCAGUGCUUCAGUUUCCAAACAUAGGGAAUCAUUGAUGUCAGAUGGCUCAAAAUGGAGUACAAGCCUCAUGCAAGCAUUGGGAAACCACAGUAGGGGAGAACAGGACUCUUCACUAGACAUGAAGGACUUCCGGCCCCUCCGGAAAUGGUCAUCUUUGUCCAAACUCACUGCCCAGGAUAACUGCAGCCAGGGUGGCAUUGUUCACACUGAAGAGUCCAGGAGUGGUUUGGAAAAGACAGGGAGAGGCAAGAUUUUAACAUCACAACUAAGAACAAUUGGGCCUAGCUGCUUGCAUGAUAGUAUGGAGAUGCUUAAACUAGAAGACAAGGAAAUAAAUAAAAAACGAUCGUCAACUCUGGACUGCAAAUAUAAAUUUGAGAGCUGUAGCAAAGAGGACUUCAGAGCUUCCUCCUCCACCCUUAGGAGACAGACCUUAGACAUGACUUACAGUGCCUUACCUGAAAGCAAGCCCAAUGUAACAAAUGUAGAGGCCUUUGAACCUCCAAAAUAUUUAAUGCUUGGUCAGCAGGCAGUAGGCGGAGUUCCCAUUCAGCCUUCUGUGAGGACACAGAUGUGGCUUACGGAGCAGUUGCGGACAAACCCUUUGGAAAAUAGAACUACAGAGGAAUCUUACAGUUUAGCUCCUUGGCAACAGCAGCAAAUUGAAGAGUUUCGACAAGAAAAUGAAACACCAAUUCAGGUUUUGACUGGACCGUCUCGUCAAAGUUACUCACCUUCUGGCUAUCAGGAUUUCAGUAAGUGGGAAUCAGUGCUGAAAAUAAAAGAAGGACUGCUAAGGCAGAAAGAAAUUGUAAUUGAUCGGCAGAAGCAGCAAAUUAGCCACCUACACGAGAGGAUAAGGGAUAAUGAAUUACGGGCACAACAUGCCAUGUUAGGACAUUAUGUAAACUGUGAAGAUUCUUACGUGGCUAGUUUGCAGCCACAAUAUGAGAACAGUUCGCUCCAAACUCCAUUUUGUGAUCAGUCAGUGUCCCAUUCCCAGCAAGAGGAACUUGAGCAAAAGCUUGCAUCUACUGAAAAAGAGGUUUUACAGCUCAACCAGUUUCUCAAACAGAGAAUAAGCCAAUUUAGUGAAGAGAAGAAGAAACUGGAGGAAAAGCUUAAAACCAGAGAUAGAUAUAUCAGUAGCCUGAAAAAGAAAUGUCAGAAGGAAUCUGAACAAAACAAAGAAAAGCAGAGAAGAAUUGAGACCUUGGAAAAGUAUCUGGCUGAUCUUCCAACUCUAGAUGAUGUACAGAGUCAGAGUCUUCAGCUUCAGAUUCUAGAAGAAAAAAAUAAGAAUUUGCAAGAGACUCUGCUGGAUGUGGAAAAAAAGCUUGAAGAGAUCGAAAAACAGUGUCAAGAAAAAGAGGCACAGAUAAUAUGCCAGAAAAAGAAAGAAAAGGAGUUGAUAACUACAGUUCAGAGCUUGCAGCAAAAAGUGGAAAGAUGCCUUGAAGAUGGAAUUCGCCUUCCCAUGUUAGAUGCAAAACAGCUUCAGAAUGAAAAUCAUAGCCUGAGAGAACAAAAUGAGAAUGCUAGUAAGAUAAUAGACAGCCAACAAAAUGAGAUUGAAAGGAUGAUUUUAGAAAUUCAGUCUAUGCAAGGGAAACUUUCUAAAGAAAAACUGACUACUCAAAAGAUGAUGGAAGAGCUGGAAAAGAAAGAAAGAAACCUACAGAGAUUAUCAAAAACAUUGCUUGAUAACCAAAGACAGACGGAAGAGACAUGCUCUUUAUUGGAUCAGGGCCAGGAAGGAGACCAAUCCAGGCAACAGACAGUACUCACUAAAUGGCCACUAUCUGAUUUAAGUGUGAUUGAUCAGCUGUUCAAGGAAAUGUCCUGUUGUUUGUUUGACUUGAAGGCAUUGUGUAGUAUUCUUAAUCAGCGUGCUCAGGGCAAGGAGCCUAAUCUUUCAUUAUUACUGGGAAUCAGAUCAAUGAACUGUUCAGGUGAAGAGACUGAGAAUGACUACAGCCCAGAAACACUCACUAAAAAAUUAUCAGAUGUGUGCCAGUUACGGAGAGAUAUUGAUGAAUUAAGGACUACAAUAUCAGACCGCUAUGCUCAGGACAUGGGAGACAACUGCAUUACCCAAUGAUCAACUAAUGGUCCCACAGCAAUAAUGACCCAUUGUUAAAUGCUGCUGUGUUACAGUUCUUCAUAUUUCUUUUUAGAAGCCAUAAUGGAAAAUUGCAAGUGACGUAUCACUUACACAUAGGAUUUUUUUUUUUGUAAAUUUGUUUUAUUGGGGGGAGGAAAGGGAUUCGAUGAGGUUUCAAAGGGGCUUAUCUAAUCAGGCCAAAAAAAACCCGAAUUACUAUUUGAAAAAUGUGAUAGUGUUUAAGGGAAAAAAAAAUUUGUAUUCUCAAACUACUGAUUGUAGGACCAAGCUGUGAAGAGUGCCCUUCAGUUAAUGGGGUAGGAUAUCUUUUGAUCUGUAGUUGUGUGUGUGUGUGUGUGUGUGUGUGUGUGUGCACGCGCGCACACGCAUGUGUAUUUAUUCAGAAAAUUAUAAGGAUUUCUAGGCUCAAAGCAAAGCUUCUAAGAAAGGCACACUGUUUAUUCUUGUAUUUCUUUUCUUUCAUGUAGAAGCUCGUGUUGUACUUCGGGGUUUUUGAGGGCCGGCUGAACAAGAGUUCGGACAGCAGGCAGGUGCGGUAAUAGUAGCACAGCUGGCAAAACCGUUCGUAUUUGAACAGCCGCUGGGCUGAGAUGGGGAGUUGUGGGAUCGGGUUGGUUUUCGCACUGUAGGUAGGUUAGCUGUUUUUCCGGAGUGAAUGUGGAUUGCCUUAGAGGUAUGAAAUUUUGAUGUGAUAAUCUUUUUCAUUAACAUUGUUAAUUUAUAUAUCACAAGGCAUUUUAACAUAAUCUGAACUAAUUUUAACAUGUCCCUUACAAUUUACAAUUUACAAAGCCGUAAAGAAUUAAUGCAAGCCUUCUAAGGCUGUUGUUGUAAAAGAAGGAAUAACUGAAAAGUCACUCUGGAACAAUAGCUUAUCCAACUCUUAAAUGUUUACAUUUCAGGUGGUUUGUAUAUGUUUUAAAGUUAAAACUGCUUUAGGAAAAAGCCAAUCUGUAUUCUUUAUAUCUGAAUUGUCACUAACAUAAAAGCUAAACUAGGUGAUGUUUCAAUUUCAUUUAUUAGGUAAAGUACAUUAAAAACAGGGUUUUUCAUAGAAUACAAACUUGACCAGGUUAGUUCUUCUUCAGGAAUAUAGGAUAUCACUAUGAAAUGCAACUGAUUGUUACGGAGACACACAAUUAUUUAAACUUCCAAAUGAGUAUUUUCCUGUUUUAGUUGGUAUUUUGGAAGGACUAUGUAUUUUACAACCUUCAGAGCAUUUAUUGCAUUCUUUUGAAUACACUUAUAGCAGUCAUUGUCCUUUACAAACUGGUUUGUUUUCUUGAAGCAACCAGGUCUCAUAUAGGUCAAGACUAAAUAAGAGUAGAAGGAAUAAGGGGUGUGAAUCAAGAAGGAUAAUACUGUUUUGAAUAAGAACAGAUAAUAUGUCUGGGGUUUUUUUUGUCAGGCUUAAAUACUGCUCCAAGAAAAGAUUUUUCUUAAAUAUUUUCAGCAGUGAAAACAUAUGUGGGAGAAGAACUUCAAGGAAAGUACCCAGGAAGACAUUCAGCUUAGAAUUUGGCUUAUAUGCAGUGCUCAGUAAGUUAUUUUAAGGUUAUGUUGCAACAGUCAGUUAUAAUACAUUGUAAGGCCAUCAAACUUUCCUUCUGUUCAGUGCCUGAGUAUUCCUUGCUCUUACUUCUUAGGAUCUGGGCACUAAGAAAUCAGUGUAUUACAGUGAUUCUGCUUCCCAAGGUCCCUAACUUAAUAAGGAAAAGUCACUGGUAAGAACGUGGCAUUCUCAUGUGUUCAUUUGUUUUUUUUUAAUGUUGGUGGUUUGAAGACAGUCAGGGAACAGUAAAUUUAUACCAAAAAUCUGAUGCAAAGAAUCCUGCCUUGUAAAAAUAUCUAUUAAAAAUGGGCCUUUACAGUAAAGUAGAUAACAAUAUCUGAAAGAGUUAGAUGUGCAGCACACAUUUUUACCUUCUCUCUGAAUAGAAACCCCCUACCCUUAGCCCCAACCUCCACGGUUUUGGAAAUAAAGGCACCCUAAGGUGAUAGUACUAAUGUACAUAAAUAAUCACUGAUUUGGGUCACUAGGUUCUUACUUAAUGUCUUAGAGGUUUUUUAGUAUAUGUUUCAGGGUUUUAUGGUUACUGUUUUAAACAAACUUUUGGUCAUUUGUUUUAAUAUAUUGUAGAUCCAUUUUUGUUUUCUGGCUUAGGAUAAAAUAAUUUGAUGUUAUAAACAAGUUUUCUAAAACGUACAGAAUUUGACUUAAUUUACUUGUCUUGAGAUAAAAAUGUUUUAACUUAGUAGAAAACUGACAAACUACUACUGACGUAUUUCAGUUUCCAACAUGUAUACUCCCCCAUAAAUAAAAAAGGGAAAUAAGAUAUGAUAGUUCAGGUAUAACCCUGAAUUACAAAUGUAAUCUCUUGGAGUCUGGAGUUUGUGAAGGGACCUAGACAAUAAGUAGAAAGCCUUGGAGGGAAUUUUGGAGGGAAAAUGAAACUAGUAGUAGUCGUCUAAUUUCUCAGCAUUUAAUUUUGAUUUUAUAUUUCAGAAAAUUGCCCUCUCCCAAGAUAACGUCUUCUGUUAGAAUGUAAUAAUAGUGAUAUCUUACUGAAAGCAAAGAUUUUACUCUUAGGUCAAGUAAGAUGGACAGAUAGAAACACUGUAGUGUCUUAUCCUAGUUUAAACUGGGGUGUUCUUAGAAGUUAUGAUGCUGAUAUAUAUAUAUGACAUGAAAAUUAACCUAAAUUUUGAAGUUAAAUCUAUUUGAGAAUUUCCUUAUAUGUGAAAAAUUUUUAAUUAUGCUUUUGUGAUUUAAAUGCUUAUCUUCUUAGGAAAUGUCUUAUGCAGUAUUAACAUUUAUUAUUGAUCUUCUGGGUUUUGAAGUUGAGUUUAUUGUGCCUCAGGCAGCCUAAAGCAAGGAUAAAGUAACAGUAUCUCAAUAAAAGACCCAAUUACCUAUGCAGAUAAAAUUAACUGAAUCAAAGGCACAGUAGUUUUCUUUUCAUUUGAUGUCCAAAAAGGAUGACUUUAGUUAAACUUAGUAAAUUUUCAAUAGCCUCUAAUUUUAAAAGCUUAAGUAUUGACUGGGUAAGUCAUGCCUGAAUUCUUUUUUUAAGUGUGGCCCCUUUUUAUAUUUGAAAUGGGGUUCAAUAAUUAAUAUUAAAAAUAUUAUUUUUUAGUGAAAUUUAUUUUGGUCAUGACAUUUUAUUAAACUGAAUUAGACUUCUUUCUGUAGCCUGUUAGAGACAAUUUCAAGGGCUGCAAAGUGUUGCUAAAAUGGAUGUUGUACAUUUCUGACUCACCAAUGAGUCAGAAAUUAAUUAUUAUUAAUUAAUUAUAAAUUAAUUUUGUCAUAGUUCAAGACAUUAAUAGAAAUCUCUUAGAGGAACUACUGUAUUGGGAAAAUGUUCUUUUGAUAUCAGUAAUAGUUCAUUGAAUAAUUUAGCAGCUGAGAACUUGGACUAUAUUUUUAUAUAGCAUAGUUCAGCUCAGGCACACCUUUAGUUUGGAUUAUUGGCAUUCUCUUAUGUAAAUUUCUAUCACUGUAGAUAUGUAAUUAUAGUAAGAAGCAGUUCUCAUAACUGUGCUCAGACUAUAUCAUUUGAAACUGCCAGUAGCUAUAGCUCUCAGAGCCAAAGUUAAUUCAUUUUGGUUCCAUUUUGGACAAAUUUCGGUGUGCAGAAAACAAGUAAAAUAAUUUCCUAUUUGACAUAAAGAGUAUAAUUUCUAACUUAUCCCAAGAUUCCAUGGUGGUAUCUUACUGUAUGAUAAUAUUAUGCAUUUAAUCAUGAAGGGGGAAAGCUUUUGGAUUUUUGGAAUUUUCUUAUUUAAAAGUAUUGAGUAUAUUAAUGUCCUUUCAAAUCAGUAAUUCAUUAACAACACUUGCAGCUGCAUACAGAGAGAACCUUUUGUGCCUUUUUGCCUGCAGUAAGCAUUCGUUUCUAUUUUACAUGAGUUAUAAGAAUCUUGAUGAUUAUUGCACCUUGUUCUUCUGUAAAUAGACCUGAUUAAGGAUUUUUUCUUAAGCAAGGAGCAGUUUUUCAUGACUAGGUAAAUACUUUAGGAAACUUGAGAGGAGGGUGUUGGAUAUGUCUUUGCAGCCCAGCCCUUUUCCAGUAUAGUGAGCAGGAAACUCCUUCGGAAUGUAGUUAUUUGUGUGUAUAUUGUGUGUGUACAUAUUUGUAUAAAUAUUUAAAUAUGAAACGUAAAAUUUGGCAUCACACUGAUGUGAUGACAAGAAGUAGUAAGGUGCUAGGUGGUUACAUUAAAAGCACAGCAGAGUGUAUAAUCAGUCACUAUGACUGGUGGUUUUUGUAAACUAGGUUCAGUUUUUGAACCGCCCAGAAUACCUCAUGUGUAAAUACGGUGGACGUGACCUAAUUGAAAUACAGUUAUUGUAAAAAGAAUGUGAAGCCACUGGUUGGCUUAUGCCUUCUGAUCUGUCAUUCUUGCCUCUUUUUUUGUAAAGGGGUUUUUUUGUUUUUGUUUUUUAAUAGGGUUUACAGCUAGAAUUUUGAAUGCCAAAGUUCUAUUUAUUAAAUUAAAAAAAGUUUUCAAUGUUAACGGCUAAGUAUUUUUCCACUGGACUAUUGUUUGUGAUGUUGGAAUUUGUAUUUACAGAGAAAUAAAUUUUUUAUAAAAAGA